GAUCACUUGGGUGUUGAUAAUAUAAUCCCACUCUCCAGUUUCUCAUGUUAUAAAUCCCAUCUGGGAACUGGAGAACGAAGAAACCUAGUUUUAGAUCUCCGAAACAUGGUGCGCGUCCUCAACUACACGCCUUCCUGGCUCUCACGCCUCUCCCCCGACGCAAAUAUAUUUGCGAAUACCGCGCCACGGAGCCCGGCGAGACCAUCGAAUGGCACGAAGAAGGCCGGAGCUGCUGCUGUUCCACUGAAGAAGGUAGCCUAUCGAGGAACGCAGAUCUUCGUCGCGGUGGGAAACGAGGUUAGAUGGACGGAUCUCCAGAGACUGAAGGAUGAACACCAGGCGAAGGCGAGGAGACGAUUGUCUCGACCGCGUGGUCACUCGGUUUCGGAUGACGAUGAGGACGAUGAGGAGGACUACUCUUAUACCAUCCUCAAGCCAAACUUCGACGGCGAGAUUCUCCAACUGAUAAUCUCACCGAACCAAGACUAUCUGGCCAUGGUUACAGCGGCAACAGUCCACAUCGCGACCAUCCCGGAGACCUCCCAGUUGCAGAAAAGCGACCGCGGACCAUACCGACUCAAGACUUUCCAACUCGGUCCCACAAUCCAUGUCAUCGAGAAGCCUGCAGUUGCAUCGCUCCUAUGGCACCCACUUGGACACAUGGGCUGCUGUAUCGUGACAGUCACCGUCGACGCCGUCGUCCGGCUAUGGGAGGUCAGCCGGGAAGACAGAUGGUCCUUCGAUACCCCCAGCCUCACCAUCAACCUCCCCGCUCUUAUCGAUGCGUCGACGUCGGAGGAUGCGAUGCGAGCAUCAGUAAAUAAUGCGAACACUGGGUUCUCCCCGGACGAUGUGGAUAUGAAGGUCGCCUCGACGUGCUUUGGCACAUCGGACCCAUCAUUUGGACAUGCCUGGUCCGCCACGACGUUGUGGAUCGCAAUGGCGAAUGGAUGCGUGUACUCACUCUGCCCGUGUUUGCCGACCAAAUGGGAAGCACCACCCGGCUUCUUCAAAGCGGUUAGCACGUACGUCAGUGCGGAGAUGUCACCGAACGAUUCGAAAAAGGAAGAAAACCUCCAGCUGGAUCUCUUGCAUCAGUGGUUCACGGAGCUUGAGGGCCAGGAACCGAUCAAGGUCAGCGGAAGGCCUGGUUAUCCAUCGGCGGAAGUUUUCUACCGACCCGUACAACCUGGCCCGAUUCCGAAGCUCCAAGGCCCAUUCAUCCCCGAGCCGGAUAUCAUGGGAGAUUGCGAAGUGUCUGACCUUGUAGUCACGGCACUCACGAAACCGCGUGAUCUAGACCUCCAUGAUAGCCUCUAUGCCAGCGCUGCAGAGGAGGAAGUACAGUGCCUCUCGUCGAACAUCCUAUCUCUUCUCACCACCGAUGGCAAGGUGUACAAUUGCCUCAAUCUCACUGGAGUCACCGCAGCUUGGCUGCCUUUUACUUCGGAAGCAAAUGAUUCCGACGAUGAACCAGAUGCAGAUGCUUUGCUGAACUUCGAAGUCAUCACCCUCCACGACACCGAGCAUCUGUUCAAGGCGUCGUUCUCUCCAGACCCUUUCUCGCCAUUUACCUACUUUGUCACCGACCUCAACGGAGUUUACUCCCUAUCUCUAUCUUCUACCGUAGAUACAUUCAUCGACGAGAUCGAGGACCCAUUGUCAGAACGCCUCUCUUUGCGCCUCGAACAGUGGUUUCAACGGGCCAAAUCGAUCGUCGACCACGUGCUGCCAUUCCCCGAAGCCGUUGCACGCACUAAUAUCUCCGCCUGCAUCACACUCAGUGACUCGGAGAUUGGAUACUUCCUCCUCACUGCGGCCAACGGGCAACCAUUCGCCGCGAACCUAGACAUCCCUAGCGACAUCCUCGAAACGGACGUCGCCAACGCCAGUGGCUACGACAUCGAAGACCUGAACCUCGGCGCCCUAGUCCUUGCGGAACCCCGACAUCCCUUCAUGCCAUCCGACCGACUAGUCGAGGACCCCGGCCUACUUUCCUUCGUCGAGAAUGUCAUCCCACAACGUCACCGACGACGCUAUGAGAACGAAGUGCGCCUCGGCCCCGAAACGCUCGCGAUCAUGACCGACAUCCACCGCUACCUCGCCGAGGAGACGAUCGGGAUCAACGACGCGGUGUCGGACCUGUUUACGCGAUGCGAGCGCCUGCUCGGGGAGUUCCGUGACCAGCUGCAGAAAACGAAGGAGCUGGUGCGGAAAAUCGACGCGGUGACGGGGGAGGACGACGACGAUUUCCAGACGGACGAGGCGGGGGAGGCGCUGCUCGCGGAUGAGAAAUUGCGGGAGAAGUUCGCGCGCACGACGGAGCGGCAGCGGGAGCUGGUGGCGCAGCAUGAGCGGUUGAAACAGAAGUUGGCGCGGUUGGGGGGCUUGGAGUUGAGUGAGAAGGAGAAAGCGUGGGUGCGGGAGGUGUACCAGGUUGCGGGGGCGAUAGAGGGGGGUGAGGUGGAGGGGGGGAAGAAGGGGAAGUCGGUGGUGGGGAGGGUAAAGGAGGUGGCGGGGUUGAAGGAGGAGUUGCGGGGGCGGGUGGAGGCGGUCGUGAGGGUGGGGGAGGGGAAAAAGGGGGUGGAGGGGACGGGCGGUGGGGCGCCGAAGGUGCCGACGGGGUAUCGGAAGGCGAGGAUGGGGCAGGUGAUGGAGAUGUUGGCGAGGCAGGAAUCUUUGGUGGAGGCGACGGGGGGAAGGUUAGAGCGGUUGAGGGAUGUGGUGCGGUGAAGGCCGAAGGGUCGUAGAUGCAUAUUGAUAUCUUGCAUCCGGCUUGGGAUUUGAGACGAUGCGUGCCUUGAAUGAGACAGCAGUUGUUCGAUGAUGGCAUGGGAAACUGGAGUAUUACUUGCUAGGCUGCUUGAUAUAGCUUUCAUCACAGCAUAGGCGCUUGGAGAGAGCGAAUAGUCCGAAUUGAG